GGAGAUACUUGACAGACAUCUCCUGGUCACAUUGUGCUGCUGUUAUAUAUCAGCAGUCCUGCAGUUCUCUGGUGGAUGGAGCUUCUUAUCUUCUAUAAAAGUAGUUUUACUGUCGGUCUGGAGUGUUAUACUAAGCACCUUUGCGUUAAAACAUGCAAAGUUGGUUAUAAUAACGUGUAUUUGCGGACGGUUCUGACUGUAAUCCGUGUUUAGAGCUGUACACUGAGCUGGUGAGCGGAGGGCGCUAGAGCGGCGGGGCUGGAGAAACCCUGAGCUGAAGAAGAGCAGCCUAGUAUUCACCGUUUCUCUCGGGAUUUACGGGGGUUUUACACACUGUGUGAAAAGCUUUAUCACCCAGAGCUGCAGCAUAAAGAAACAGCCUUUAUUAAACAACUGAAUUCCGCUGUUAAAUCUCCGAGGGAGUCGGUAACAUGUGACCAGUAUGGGAAAUUGUGAAAGAUACCCUGCAUUUUCAAAAGUAUAUGGACACCCCUUCUAAAUUGUGGCUCUAGUUAUUUUAGCCAAACCAACUGCAAACAUGAGCACCAAGCCUACAGACUCACAGUCUUCAUGCGCAGAGACAGAGACAGACACGGGCGCUAAAAUUGGUCGCACUGAAGAGCUCAGUGACUUUCAGCGUGGCACUAUCGUAGGAUGCCACCUUUCCAAAAAAUCUAUACGUGAAAUUUCUGCCUUGCUGGAGCUGCCCCGGGCCACUGUAAACGAUGUUGUAGUGAAAUGGAAGCGCCUAGGAAUCACAACGCCUCUACCGCGAAGCGGGCGGCCACACAAGCUCUCAAACAAAGACGUCCAAAUGCUGGAGCGCAAAGCAAGUGAAAAUCAGCUGUCCUCACUUACAGAACUCACUGCUGAGUUCCAGUCUGCUUCUGGAAAAAAAGUCAGCCCCAGAACUGUUCGCCGGGAGCUUCAGAGUUUGGGUGUCCGUGGUCAAACAGCUGCAAAAAGGUCUAAGGGAGUCAAGCGCAAAGCAGAGCCUGACCUACAACCAGACAACGAAGAAACAAACAAGAUGCAAAAAGAAAGUGCUGCUUCUAGUAACGAUGGGAACCCUAGUGCCUGUGAAGAGGAUCAGCGACAGAUUGAGCCAACAUCUGAGCCCACAGACCAGCCAAUGGACAGAGAGACCUCCACAACCAGCCACAACACUGAGUCUCUAAACUAAAGAUUAAAUAUAAUCUUACAGAAUGUGGACUCUGCAGUCAAGCAGACAGAAAAGAAGGACUCUCAAACGUCUCAUAAUUAUUUAACAAAAAAAAGGACAGUACUUUGGUUCAUUAUAAGUUCAUAAAUUGUUUGUGAGAUUUGAUUCCUUAGUCUUUAAACUGUACUGAUACCUAGACACUAAUAGUCAGCAAAUUCCCUAUUAAGGUAUCAGCCAUUUUACCAAUGUUUUGUAGACACUAGGAAUUUCACCAUGGCCUUGAGAAGAUGGAAUGAAAGGUGGUAGGCUCUCAUGUAUUACAGUGUUUUUCUUUUAGUAAAAAAAAAAAUAUUGCUUGAAUAUAUUUUUACACCUAGGAAUAUUUCUGGUCUCCACAAGGUCUGUGGUGUUUGGUUUAGGUUAUUUUUAGUAUUGGUUUAUUUUCUGGACAAGGACAAUAUGGGCACAUGGACUAUGAUUGGCCCCUGAGACUUCUGAUAUUUUGAGGAAAGACUUGUUUAUGUUCUCAAAGCUAAUCUGCUAAACAUAAGGACAUGGACACAAGGUUGCAAACUCUGCAAAAAUUGACUGCAGAUAAUUAUUUAAAAGCCAAUCUAGGCCUUCACUUUUAUUGAUGGAACAUACAAUUGGAUGUUUAUGAACUAACCCUUGUCCCUUUUAUGAGAAUGUUGCUUUACUUUUUCAUGUAAAGUUGCCUGUUUGAGAUCAUGUUGAUUUAUUAUUAUUGCUAACGUUUCUGCUAGUAGUUUUAUUAAUUUUCUUUUUUUUUUCAGCAAAAUUCUGAAAAAGAUUAACUAAAUCAUGUUUAAAGUUAAAUUCUGAUUUUAUAUCACAAUCAUGGAAUAAAAAUCGGGUGUUUAUCUUAGUCUAGCUCUGGUGAUUUUCCAGUAGUGUGCAGUGGCAUUGAUGCAUAAUCCCAAUCUAAUUUUGUUGGUAUCAGAUCCAGGUUCUAGAGCUGUUUAUUGGCAAGAAUCAAUUCAAUAUGUAUCAUGAUACAGGGGCCAAGAUUCAAAAUAUCACAACAUAUUGUGAUACUGUACGCAAGGCAAUAUAUUGUGAUGGUUUAAAAUCAAAUAAAAAAAACUGUUACUUGCA